AUGUCCGGCAUCUCUUCCGACGCGCAGCUCUUCGAGGACCACUUCCGCGUCGAGCGGCUCAGCGAGCCCAAGUACGACCGAGUGGAUCGCAUUUACUGCAAGUCAGACGAUAAGAGCAUAAUAAUGAGCCUGGACAUCAACAAGGAACUUUUCCCUUGCAAGGUGGACGACGAGCUGCACGUGGCGCUGGCGACCUCGCUGCACUACGACGGGAGCAAGGAUGACGAGCGCGGGUGGCGCGACGUGGCCAAGGCCGGCGCCAGCGACGCCACGCUCGCGGACAUCUUCGAUUACGUCUGUUACGGCAAGAUCUAUAAGUUCGAGGAUGCAGAGGAUGGGAAGACGAUCAAGGCUUAUAUUUCCUUUGGCGGCCUCUUGAUGUCACUCGAGGGCCCGUACAAGAAGCUUACGCCAUUGCGGGUGGACUAUGUCUAUCUUCUCGUACGGAAGCGAUGA